AUGUCUGGCACAAUCGUUAACUUGGGGCUCGACCUGCGUGAGUGGUUGAGUCCCGCACGGGUCGUCCUAUGUGCUUCUGCUCUCCUCAUCGCCCGCGUCGUGCUCUUCGUGUACGCCUACAUCAAGGCGCGUCGCCAGUUCCCCGGCCCGCCGGUCACCAAUAUCUGGAAGGGCAACCUGGACGAGACGAUGACCGAGGACGUGCACGACAAGUGGCGGCGCUGGCACCGCCAGUACGGGCCCAUCUACCAAACCGUGCGUUGGAACGGUCUCUUCUCGCGCGUGAUCUACGUCGGCGACCCGCGUCUGAUCCGCAAGAUCGCGAACGAGAACUGGCCCAAGUUCCCCGCGCAGUACGCCGGCUUCCGGCCGCUCAGCGGCAGCGCGCUCUUCGCGCAGAUGGACCAGGCGCGGUGGAAGACGCAGCGGCGCGGGCUCGCGCCGGCCUUCCAGCCGCGCACCGUGCACGCCCAGUACCCCGCGCUGCACAAGUACCUCCUCCAAUUCGCAGACACGAUCGACCGCUCGGCCGCGGCGCGCGGCCGAGCAGUCGACCUCGCGCAGCUGCACGUGCUGCUCACGCUCGACUUUGUCGGCGAGGUCGCGUUCGGGGCCGAGCUGCGCGCCGUGCGCGACGGCGCGGCGUGCCGCAUCCUCCAGAUCUUCCACGCCGUCCUGCCCGAGCUCAUGAAGUGCGGGCUCUUCCCGCUGCGCGCCAAGGUGCCCGUGUUCGAGAGCACGCGCGCCAUGCACCGCGCGAUCGCGGAGCUGCGUGGUAUGGCGCGCGCUGCUGUCGAGGACGCCCGUCGGGCGCACGAGGAUUCGCAGGAGAAGGACUGUGGAGCGGAGAAGGGCAAAAAGAUCUUUGAGAUUCUCGCGCAUCACGUUCCUCGUCGCCGGCGGCGAUCCCACGGCACACACGAUGACUUUUGCCGUGGGCAUCGCCAGCUCCGCAACCCCGCGAUCCACAGGAAGCUCCGGGACGAGCUCGACGCGCUGCUUCCCGCGGACUGCGUCGUGCCGAGCAUCGAGCAGGUGUCGCGCCUGCCGUACCUGCGCCUCGUGAUCAAAGAGACGCUGCGCUACAACGGGCCCGGCUUCGGCACGUUCCGGUACACGCCCGCCGACGUCGAGAUCGAAGGCGUCGUGCUCCCGGCGAACACGACGCUCGCACUGUGGAACCCGCAAGUGCACCGGUGUCCGAACGUCUGGGGCGCCGACGCGGACACGUUCCGCCCCGAGCGGUGGAUGUCCACGCAGGGCGAGGGGAACGAAAAGGCGGCCCUGCCGGGAUCGUAUUUCCCGUUCUCAUAUGGCCCGCGCAAGUGCAUGGGAGAGGGCCUGGCGAUGCUCGAGAUGUCCCUGACGCUCGCGACGCUCUUCAAGCGGUACGAUCUCGAGCUAGAACCAGGCUUCGAGAUGGACUUCCAACCGUCUUUCACGCUCUGUUCGCGCAACGGCCUUCCGGUGUAUGCUCGCCUGCGAAAGUAGCUGGGUGGACGCUCGGCAUUUGAUACUCGGAUACCCCACAUACACUGUACCUAUUUCAUGCAACUGUAUUUGUUUCACUG